AUGAGCGCAAUCGCUUUCAGUCCAUUAGAGGGUCGACUGCAUCCCACAUUAUCCAACCAAUAUCCACCAUCAUCGACUUCAAUACCAUUUGAAUCGGUGUCGGCUGAUCGACGCAUGUCUUCGGCCAACGAAACCACCAUGGCCUUCCCAACUGUCUUGUUGCGACGCCUCCCCCGAAAUACGACCGCCGAGGCAGUUCGAACCAUGUUGUUGUUCGCCAAAGAUCUCCACGACACCGAGAUUGUCCCCACCGAGUACGAAGAGGAUUCCGGCUUCACCACUGCCAUUGCUCGAUUUGUGUCUCUGACCGGCGCCGCAGAGGCACAGGCCCUGCUGAACGGGAAGCAGAAUACGGCCGGGCAGGCGAAGAUGAUCGUGGACGUGAUCGCCGGCCCUCCCAUUUCAUCAGCGCCCCGACGCAACACCAUCGACCCUCUGGCAAAUCGAAAGCUCGCCCAGUCCGUAUCGCCUCUUCUGGCGAAUGCUCAGAAAUCCUCUCGCUUCAAUGGAACCUUUCAGUCGCUUGAAAAGACCUCUCCUCCUUUGCUUGCGUCGCCUCCAGAUCAUCCAUCAUCCGAACCCAAUUCACAUCUGCAGACCAUCUUCUCCCCUCAGUCACCUGGCAACAACGCAGUGGCCGAUCGGUCUCGCACCAGUGGUAAGCAGGUCAUUGAUGAAGACGGGGGUGACGAUGAUACGAGAGAAUUCCUGAAAGACCCUCUGGCUUUUAUGAACAGCUCUGCGGGUCGAGGGCCUGGUCCGGGUCGCAAGGGACCCAACGGACGACUUCCGACCGCAGCGUUUUCUGCAUUGUCGUUGAACACCAGUAUGAGCAAUGGCGGAGCGAAGAACUUUGCGGCUCCACGGUCUGCGGUACAGGGUAGAAGUAACCACAACCAGUUCUCGCCGAAUUCCGCACCCAAUGGACCGUACUCUGCGGCAGGUUCAUCCUACGUCCGACAUAACUAUCCUCCAGUCAACCCUGCGGAUCAGAAUCCGCCGUGCAACACCCUUUACGUGGGCAACCUUCCUAUCGACACGUCGGAAGAUGAAUUGAAGGCCAUGUUCUCGAAGCAACGUGGUUACAAAAGGCUCUGCUUUCGGACGAAACAAAAUGGACCCAUGUGUUUCGUGGAGUUUGAAGACAUAUCGUUCGCGACCAAGGCGUUGAAUGAAUUGUAUGGUGCGCAGCUGCACAACAGUGUGAAAGGAGGGAUUCGAUUGAGUUUCUCCAAGAAUCCCUUGGGCGUUCGAGCCGGUCAACCAGGCAGUGCCAAUCCUGUCACGCCAUUGAGUGCUGCGGGACCAGUCGGCAUCAAUGGCUUCUCCAAUGCUGGCUCUCCAGGCAACUAUGCGUCGACCAGUGGACCGCCACCUGGAUUGUCCAUGCCACCUGGACUCCAUGCGGCUCUGAAUGGAGUUGGGCCCGGUCCAGGACAGGGACCGGUCCCGAGUGGGCAAUUCAUCAACCAAGGCAUGGGCAUGCGUGGAAUACCUCUAAAUCAUGGGCCUGGUGGGCCUUCGGCCGGAGGUAAUUAUCCUGAUUACAUGCUUGGUUGGUAA